UUUUGGUACCAAUACCAAAGUGAUUUUUUACAAAACCCUUUUUCAUUAAACAAAAAAGAAGCCAACAUUCUCAGAUAUGUUUAAUUUUGUCCAAACAGAAACAGGUAUAAAGACUUUUGCUUAGACAAAAUUGUCUAAAAUUGGCAAAAUGUGUAUUGAAAUCAGGAACUGUCUGAUCAGAGAAUAUGUUAACAAGAUUAUGAAUCUGACCAGAUAUUUCAGUACUCGUCAGUUUUCGAUAAUCUGUGCUAUGAACAAAUUUUAUUCUUUACCUAAGAAGUAAUGAGGUUACAUACUCAGCCUUAGGGUACCAUGGGCCCCUUUUGGACAUACACCUGGUUAAUGGUAAUCUGACAGCAAUUUAACAUGUGUCUGAAUAUGCAUCCUGGUUACUUUUUACACAUAAAUAACAAUGGCAGUCUUACUAGGUUGGACAUAGUAGAAUCUCCAUAUCACUUCCAAUGCAGCACAAGUCUGAAAUGAAUGCUCUGGGAUUAACGUAAAGGCUGCAGCAGCACAAGGUGAAACAUGCACAGAGAGAUUAAAUGCACGUGCUGUACCGCCUCCUAACAUCACUGUAAUAAAUGUAACAUCUUAAUCAUCAUUUCUUAUGCACAAAAUCUGUUUAAUAAACCAGGAGAACUGUCAAAGAGCCAAUUUUAAGGUGUUGAGGAGAUUGAGCUUCUCAUAUCACAACGGUCUAUAAAAAGUAUUUUCCCCCUUAUGGUGCAAUUGGGGCAAAAGAGGUUAUAAAACCCUCUUGCAGUAAUAAUUUGACCAUGAUCUCUUCAUAUAUUUCCAGUGUUAAUUCAUGUCACUUUUGUAGAGGAAUAAAUAAAUAUCCAGCAAAACACUUUGUAUACAGCCUGUAAAUAAAUACGAAUUAAAUGUGAGUCCAAAUUUAACAUCCUGUCAUUGAAUGGUUGUGCACUGUUGGAUAUUAUAAAACAAGCAGCUGAGCCCCCCCUGGUCUUUUCCUCUCUCUCUUUCUCCCUUUGUCUCUGUCUCUCUUGCGCUACCUGUUUCUGCCUUUCUCUCUUUGUCACUCACACUCUCUGUACUCCCUCUUGUGAGCAUGUAGCUCAUUCCACACAUAUCAUGUGUGGAUGAAGCCGUGAGGAACAUUGACAUCUAAAUCAUCUAUGCCUGAAUGACAUAAUACCAUCACUUAAACGGAGUUUGAAGCCUGUAUUCCAUGUCUGAAAAGUUUUUUAAAGGAGGAGGUUGCAGAAUUUGAUUUGGGGUUGUGCUGCGCUGAGGAGGAGAGGGGGGAAACUCCAGGAAGAGAGGACAGUCCCAGCGACCUGGGGGAGGCAGAACUGGAUCCUGGAGGAGACCCCAAGAUGCGAGAGGACAAGGCUUUUGGGAAGGAGGUCGUUCUGUUGAUGCAGGCCCUCAACUCCCUAGCCACUCCUGAAGAGAAACUGGCUGCUUUGUGCAAGAAAUAUGCAGACCUGUUGGAGGAGAGCCGCUGCAUGCAGAAGCGACUGAAAGCCCUGCAGAAGAAGCAGUCUCAGAUUGUGAAAGAGAAGAUCCACCUGCAGGGGGAGCACAGCAAGGCCAUCUUGGCCCGCAGCAAGCUGGAGAGCCUCUGUAGGGAGCUGCAGAGGCACAACAAGACGCUGAAGGAGGAGAAUGCCCAGCGGUCCAGGGAGUACGAGGAGCAGAGGAAGGAGGCCAUGCUGCACUUCCAGAUGACCUUGAGCGAUAUUGAGGUGCAGAUGGAGCAGCACAGCUCCCACAAUACCAAGCUGAGACAGGAGAACAUGGAGCUGGCCGAGAAACUCAAAAAGCUCAUUGAGCAGUAUGAGCUCAGAGAGGAGCACAUAGACAAGGUGUUUAAGCACAAGGAGCUGCAGCAGCAGCUGAUGGACGCCAAGCUGCAGAGAAUCACAGAGAUGAUGAAAGAAGUCGAGGAGAAGCAGCAGAGAGAAAGGGACUUUUUGCUGAAGGAUGCCACCGAGUCCAGACGCAAGUGUGAGCUGAUGAAGGAGCAAGAAACACAGCUCAAACAACAGCUCUCCCUAUACAUGGACAAGUUUGAGGAGUUUCAGAGCACUCUGGCUAAAAGCAAUGAGGUCUUCACCACUUUCAGACAAGAGAUGGAAAAGAUGACUAAGAAGAUCAAGAAGCUGGAAAAGGAAACUACACAAUGGAAGACCAAAUGGGAGAGUAACAACCAGGCCCUGCUGCAGAUGGCCGAGGAGAAAACUCUGCGUGAUGGCCACUUCAAGGCCUUGCAGGGGAAGCUGGAGCUGCUGGAGAGGCUGUGCAGAGCCCUGCAGAAGGAGAGAAAUGACCUCAACAACCGGCUCAGCCUCCUACAGGAGCAAAGAGACGAAGGGACCACAGCACCUCUUGAAGCCCAGCGACAGGGGCCUUCAGAGCAGGAGCAGGAGCAGGAAGAGGGAAAGGAGGGGGAGGCACAGGGUGACGGGCAGGAGACAGAGGGCAUCCACCAAGCUCCCAGACCACCUGAGCUGGACUCCUCACUGGCUGAUACUGACAAAACCGCUAUUGCUACGACAACGACAACCAGCCAGCCUGCAGAAACACCAACCACACAGCAGGACUGAGCGAACCUACAUGGCAUGUGUGUAGGUGAGAAGGGUGUGAUAGGAGGGCUCCACAAGCCUCCAGCCUAGUUCCAGAACUAGCCAGACAAACCAUCUUCAAUGGAGAUAGAGAUUUUUUUUCCUUUUUAAGUCUAGACUUGCCUCUCCAGGUUUCUACACAGAAACUGAUUCCUCUUUUGUGUGAUAGUAUAAGAAGAAUAAAAUUACUGUAUCAAAAAUUCUAUUCUACAAGUUUGCCCACAUUUACAUUGUUUGUAAUAAUUGGCCCUGUGGCAAGCACUUCUUACUCCGUUUUCUACCAUAACUGUAUUUUCAGAGGACAUUUCCAUGCAGUCUAAUUGAAGCAGUUCAAAGUCAAAUUAGCCUUUUAUUUCUCUCUACACAUGGUCCCUCCCUGUAAUGUCACAUUUCAUUGGAAAUUGUAGAUUCAUUCAAAAGUGGGUCUAUCACAUACAUUUUCUCAUAAGUUAAUUUGUAUUAAUGAAGCCUCACAAUCAGAAUGUGAUCUGAAAGGCUGGAAGAGGAAGUGGGACAUAGUGUAGAGCAAGUGCAAGUCAGAGUUAAGCUUAUUUGACAUCUGUAUUUGCCACAGUGUAUUCAAUUUCUUUGAUCAUAAUAUAUUUUAGUGGAUAAGUUAAACUUUUUAUUUUGGCGCCAAAAGUGUCAGCAAUAUUUAUCUGCACAUCCUCAUAAAAUAGGUGAUGCUGGUUUGAAGCUUGGGAAUGUGGUAACUACUCGUGGGACCACUGGUAAGCUACUGUAGAUGUCGAGCUAACCUAUAAUGUGCUAACUAAGUGGGAACAUACUAACGUUAGGCAGCCAUAAUACUCAUGAAGCUGGCCACCUUGCUAAUUGCCAGUUAGCAAGCUAGCUAAUAGGACUGCCACUUUUUUUUUCUAAUCUGAAAAACUGUAAUUUUUGAUCAGUAAUAAUCAGUUUGAAAUCAAAAUUCUGAAGUCUGUAAGUCCAACAGGCUGUUUUUUGUACUCCCAUGAGGAUAUUCCUAAAAUGCACUGUCACUAUAAACCAUGCAUGUUCUGCCAGUACACUAGGCUACUGUUUCCUUUGCUCCUGCAAAAUUGAGAAAAAUAGAGACCAGUGCUGAGAAGAAAAUCGUGAUGCCAAACUAUCUGAGGAAUAAUGUGUGGAAGCAUUUUAGAUUUUUGGAUUGAACACCAAAGAUGGAAAAAUAUUAUAUUUCUCAAAGUCUCUGAUUUUUGUUUUCUUAACACUAACCCAAGUAAUACUCUAGUAAUACUAGGAUGAGAUUGUUGGCUGUCUUUAUUAAAACAACCUAUUGAAGCCUCUCAGCUCCUGGUUUACUCAACUCUAGUAAACGUCUGUUGUAGUUCACACUUAAGUGGUGUUUCCUGCCCACAGUGGUUGAUCUAUGUGUCAUUUCAAUUUUUAUUAAACUCCCUUCUGUUACCACAGAUCUCGCCACUAGGGAUGUCAGCUUUUCAGGAAAUCAAAAAGGGUCCAUAUACCUUAUUGCCCCAUCCCACCCAGUCUAUAUAGCAUUUCCCUGUGUGGUGUCAUACAACUGGGCCGCAUAUCCUUGCAUAUAAAUCUUGCCGUCGUAAAGGAACUUUUUACAAGCUUCUGGCAAGAGUCCUGACGACGAGUGUGGUGAAGAGUAGGCAGUCUAACACAGAUGACAUUGUUACACUUGUUUCUGGAGCCUCUGCUCACUCACACAGUCGAGUCCUCAAAUUUAUUAUCAAUGUAGAGUAAGGCAGCGCUUUUUAUAGUCAGCAAAAAGUGUUGUCUUUCUUGGUGUUACCAUCUACAGUGAAGAACCUAAAAUCCUUCCACAUUCAGCUUCUCAGAUGCCUCAGUGUCGUUUUUGUCCGAUCAGCACGGCUUUGCUCACUACAGUCCUCCAUUUUUAUAUAUUAGCUUAGUCUACUGAUGGGUCAACAGGAAAGCAAUAAGUCAAGCUGAUAGUGAUUUUAAAGAGCACCCUCUGCUGGACCACAAGGUGAACUAGUUCAGAUGGUGUGAUGCGCUUAGUAACGAUAAAUUUUGAAUUUGAACAGUUCAUUACAGUUCGAAUGUUUAAGUUUCUCCCACAUUCUAACAAAUGUUUAAAUUUCGAAUAAAAAGUGACAGCUCUAGUCGCCGACUCAACCGGUUUUUCCAUUUUUUUUUUUUUUGUAAAUUGUUAAAUCUGGUUUUGGAAAAAUCCAAUCAUCAUCAAAAUAUUGGAAAUUGAUACAGAAAAUAAAUAAUACAGUGCAAGACGUUUGUUAUUUUCUGUUGUUCACUUGUCACACCCUGGAGAGACAACUAAAAUGAUGGUACUCAGUGAAUGUCUUUGUGCUAAAUGUGUCAUGUCACUUGAUUUAAAUCUGCAUCUCAGCAAUCUUUUAAAAAAAAAAAAAAAAAA